GAGAGAGAGAGAGAGAGAGUACACAAAUAUAAACGAAGUGUGUGUAUAGCUUUACUCAUGAUUACAAGCUUAUAAUCAUUGCGCAACUACUCUAGUUCGUAAUGUCAAAGAAAGAAGUUAUAGGGACAUCGCAGUAUUUUCUCGCUGGUAGGAGUUGGGCUUGGAGUGUGGACCACAUGUUUUUCCAUUCACGCAAAUUAUUGAAUCUUUAUAUAUUUUGUGUGCAAAUUGCUCUAUGAGUUAUUUAGUAAUAAGAAAAUAUAUUUUUGUGAAUCUUGUAAACUUCCUAAAAUAUUCCUCUUCUCGAAAUGUGGGUUUGUUUGUCGAUGAAGUAGAAGUAGAUGAAAAGGAAGAAACUUUGUGGGUUUAGAUUUUGAUUUAUUCGACUGCUAUGGCUUCCGUGAUGCUACUGUUUGUAGUGUUCGUCUUUGAUCUCAUAGCUUUUGGUCUUGCCGUUGCUGCGGAACAGCGAAGAACCACCUGGCAAGUUGUUAAUGAAUCAAGAGAUUCAAGCUACUGUGUCUAUGAGAAGGAUAUAGCAACGGGUCUCGGAAUAGGUUCUUUCUUGAUCUUACUAGCGAGUCAGCUCUUCAUGAUGGUGGCGAGCCGAUGCUUAUGCUGUGGAAGAGCCUUGACACCAAGUGGGUCUAGAUCCUGUGCUAUUCCUCUCUUCAUCACCACCUGGGUCUUCUUCUUCAUAGCAGAAGUGUGUUUAUUUGCGGGAUCUGUGCAAAACUCUUACCAUACAAAGUACCGUGUCUACCUUGGGAACACUGCUCCUUCUUGUCGAUCAGUAAGGAAAGGCGUGUUUGGUGCUGGAGCUGCGUUCAUAAUUCUCACAGGGAUUGUCUCCGAACUUUACUACGUGUGCUUGACACGGGCCAAAGACUUUGAGGUUCCUAAAGAUCCGGGUAUUCGUAUGAGUAGCUUGUAGAACUUACAGACACCCUCAUAGUUGAUUUAGAAUUAGAAAAGCUUUAGACCAUUGUUGUUGUGAUCAUAUUGUAUGAAUUAUAUGUGUACUUCUUCCAUGUCUAUGAGAAAUAGAUUCAGUUA